CAGACUUUUGAUGGGCAACAUUGAUUUGAUCCUCUUCCUCUUCAGGGAAAUAUUUUCACACAAAAUUCUGAUUCAGACAUGAUUUUGUGUUUCAGCUCAAUUCCAUCUCCUCUACCUCUCCGCCCCUUCUCUAAGUCUAACCCAAAUCCACUCUCAUAUUCCAAAUCAUCAUCAUCAUCCUCAUCCUCUCUUGUUGUAAUCAAUACUACCCACUGCUUGCGUAGCUGUGACCUCUUCGAUCUGCAUCACGAGCUAAUCCCUUAUGAAGUGGCAUGGUCUUGGCAAAAACACAUUGUAAGGGAAAAGAUGACACACAUUGAAAAGCAAGGAGAUUGUACCGACACCCUUAUUAUUCUCCAACACCCUUCUGUUUUUACAUUGGGUACCGCUAGUACCCACGACAACCUCAAUUUUGACAUAGAAAAUCCCCCCUUUCAUAUUUAUCGUACUGAACGCGGUGGAGAAGUUACAUACCACGGCCCUGGCCAGCUAGUUAUGUACCCCAUUAUCAACCUGAGAAGGCACAAAAUGGAUCUUAAUUGGUACCUCAGGACCCUUGAGGAGGUCGUCAUUCGUGUUCUUUCUUCAACAUUUUCAAUUCAGGCUUCUCGGCUGGAAGGUUUAACUGGUGUUUGGGUUGGAAACGAGAAACUGGCAGCAGUAGGUAUACGAGUGGCUCGCUGGAUAACCUAUCAUGGCUUAGCACUUAAUGUCACUACGGAUUUGACUCCCUUUAAAUGGAUCGUUCCAUGCGGAAUACGUGACCGUCAAGUUGGGAGCAUUAAGGGGUUGCUGAGAAAAGCUCAGUCGUGUAAUUCUCAUGGAAAAGCUGAUUUGGAUUAUUUGGAUGAUGCCAGUCUUAUUCGUAUUAUUCACAGGUCUUUGAUUGAAGAGUUCUCACAAGCUUUUCAGCUUGAGUACCAACAUAGAACAAUUUCUGUACCCGUGUUGUGUGAACUUACGAAAGAAAUACAGCAAAGUUGA